AUGCUCAAAUUAGGCUUUCUUUUGGUCAUUUUUUCGUCUUUCAUUUUGAGCGUCGACUCGACAACGUGUGAGGAUUGUGAGGUAGCAAUCGAGGCUGUUGUUUCGUAUUUCGAGGAUUUCGAAAAUGUUACCGUUGAUGAAGUGAUCGCCCAUUUUGAUGAUCUUUGCGAGGCGUAUGGACAGGAAAUGGAUGCGGCAACUUGCAAGAAACGAAACCAGGCGAAUCGGCCUGGGACCGAGAAAAUGUUGUCACUUUUGAAAAAAAAAGUCUCUCAUCGCGAGAUUUGUGCUCAACUUGGAUGCCAU